AUGAAUAUCUUAAAUUCCUUUUUAAAAAAGUUGCAACAUCUUUUUAACACAUCAUGCCAAAAACUUGCUUGUCUAAGCAAAUCAAUUUUUUUCUUAGCAGCAUGUUUUUGUCGUUUCAUCCUCUUAAGAGCAAAUCCAUUAUGGAUUCAAAUUGUAUAUUUCACAUCUCUUUCCAUUUUAGGUUUUGGAUUUCUCAAAGCUCUUGACUCUUCUUCUUCACAAACACCACCUAAAAACUUAGAUCUAUUCUUCACUUCAAUUUCAGCCACAACAGUUUCAAGCAUGUCAACAAUUGAAAUGCAAAUUUUUUCAAACUCUCAAUUAAUCAUCAUCACCAUUUUAAUGUUCAUAGGUGGUGAAAUCUUUACAUCCAUGGUAGGACUCCAUUUCAUUAGAUCAAGACUCAAAACUGAUUUAGAUAAAAUCGCUACGUCUCAUGCUCGUCUUGCGUCUCUAAACCCUUUCGUCGUAGAUCAAAUUCAUCUUGAACUUGAAAUGGUCACAACAAACACAAACGAGGUACACAAUAAAUCACAUGAAUCUUUACAUAGUAAAUCACAUGAAUCUUUACAUAAUAUAUCACAUGAAUCUUUGAGUACUACAAAUGAAAAUUUAAGGUACUUGUCUAUGAAAUAUUUAGGCUAUGUAGUUCUUGGUUACAUUCUAGUUCUCCAUUUUAUAGGUAUAUUUGGAGUGUCUCUUUACCUUACAAUUAUUCCUAGUACGAAACAAAUACUAAAAAACAAGAAUCUUAAAAUGUUCACAUUUUCUGUUUUUACUAUAGUUUCAACUUUUGCAAGCUGUGGUUUUGUUCCAACAAACGAAAACAUGAUUGUUUUUAAGAAAAAUUCUGGUCUUCUUCUUAUGCUUAUUCCACAAGUGCUUCUUGGAAACACAUUGUAUCCUCCAUUUUUGAGAUUUUGCAUAUGGGUGUUGGGAAAAUUCUACAAGAAGAAAGAGUGUGGUUAUCUUUUGAAGCAUUCAGAGGAAGUUGGUUACAAACAUUUGUUGAAGGGGAAACAUUCUGUGUUUCUUGUGGCUACUGUUUUUGGGUUGCUUGUGGUUCAAGUUACAUUGUUUUGUUUAAUGGAUUGGAAUUCAGAAGGUUUGAAGGGGAUGAAUAAUUAUGAGAAAUUGAUUGGUGUAUUGUUUCAAAGUAUUAAUUCAAGACAUACUGGAGAAACUAUCGUGGAUAUCUCAAUUCUGUCACAAGCCAUGUUGGUGUUGUUUGUACUCAUGAUGUACCUUCCUCCUUACACAUCAUUCCUCCCAUUGAAAGAUUCAGAAAUUAGCAGUAAGAGGAUGAAAAAGACAAGAGGAAAAGUUUCUGAAAAUCUGAUAUUCUCUCAACUCUCCUAUUUAACCAUUUUCAUCAUUCUAGUGUGCAUAACUGAGAGGAAAAAAUUGAAGGAAGAUCCUCUCAAUUUCAAUGUUUUGAAUAUUGUUCUUGAAGUUAUAAGUGCUUAUGGGAACGUAGGAUUUAGUACAGGAUACAGUUGUGAAAGACAAUUACAUCCAGAAGCAAAUUGUGAAAAUAAGUGGAUUGGGUUUGUUGGAAAAUGGAGUGAUGAAGGAAAGAUUAUUCUUAUACUUGUUAUGUUGUUUGGAAGACUCAAAAAGUUCAAUAUGGAUGGAGGCAAGUCAUGGAAACUUCUCUAGCUCUUUCAUCAAUGUCAAUGAUAUUCAAGUUCCAUGCAAUGAAUUUAUGUAUUUAUGUAUAUGUGAUGCAGAUAAUGCUCUGCAAUUACA